CUUCCGCGGGCGCACAGAGGAUCCCGAGAGCGCAGCAGCAUCACUUGAGUCCGACUCACAGGUGCUCCUCUGCCGCUGCUCUGCUCUUGAACUGGCACCUGCCGUUAUAUUUGCUCGGAAACUAAAAGUUCAGAGUCGAUUGCUGGGAGAGAAUUUUCUCAAACACACAGGGAUUACCGCGGUUUACAGCUACAUCAAGGAUGUGCGGUAUGGACGUGGACCUGGACGACGGCGGUUCUGCUGAGGAGGAGAAAGAGGAAGAUUUCUGGAUCGGAGAGGGCGUGAAGAUGCUUCCCCCGCCUGUGGCUCACAGCGGGGGCAGCGCUUGGGGCAGCCGUAGGGGAAGGUGUGGCUGCGUGGCCUGCGGGGCGGCUCUCAUCCUCUGGAACCUGUGCGUGGUCUUAGCCAGCGCUCUGCUCCUGGCUGUGGUCUUCUCUGUGGUGCUCCUGCCUGCAGGGCUGCUGCUGUAUGCUGGUUUCCUCUGCCACUCCAGGGUCCUUGAUGCACCCUCUGCCAUCUGCCAUUAUCUCGAUGACAACAGCUGCUCUGCCCUCAUCAUCCUGGGCUUUGUGAUGAUGUCUCCGCUCGUGAUUGUGGCGGCGGCAGUCUUCUGCGGGCUGCUCCGAAAGUUUCGACUCCUGCUUUUCAUUCAGCCAAUCAAGCGCGCCUGGUACAGAGGGAGGCUGCUGGACUGGGCGGGCAGCAUCCACGCCUGGGUUUGAUCACAACAGAGAAGGUGGUGCUGAGGGUCACAGUGAUCGGAAAGAUUGAUUUGUGCAAGACGAACCUGAGGGUUACAGAUGUUUUGCAAAAAUAGAAACAUCAUUAUAGUCGAUAAGACAGUCAUACAGCUAAUACUUACUUUGUCAAUGGUUGUAAAAAUGUUUGACAUUUUAGAAAUAUUCGAGUCCUCUUUUCUCCUGUUAGUUUUGGUGAGAAAAUCAAUAUCACCCUCAUGUCUGUGUGGUGAUAUUGAAGCUGCAAAGACCAGAUAAUUAACUUAGAACGGGAUAAAGACUGAAAACUUUGAUUCAGGGUGAAACCCAAAACACAUACAUUAAUAUAAACCACCUAAAAAGAUAUUCCAGAGCUUUAGAGGUGACAGUAGGAAGAUUAAAUUAGCCUUUCCAGCUAGAUGUUGCUGGGAUUUGUGCUUAUCAAACAGCCAUCUGCCUUCAGCCUCCUCUUUGAGAGUGCAGUCACCUCUCACUGAUCUCUCAGACAGAAUCCAAAAGUGUAACUUCUAAAAUGUCAAACUGUUCUUUCAAGACCAAGACCUGUGUUAUUGUGUCACAUAUUUCUUUUUAUUCAUUUGGCUACUCGCGGCCCAUUCUGGGUAAUUUUGUGAAUUGUUUUUUUUUGUUUUGUUUUUUUGAAAAUGACCCUAGAUGAGGGUUUGUUGGGUUUGUGUGGCUUUUACACAGAAACAGACCAGUUUUCUUAGAUAUGUAGUGCCAUCUUACAAGAAUCUUAAAGCAAAACACAUUACGGGCUCAUUAUUGAAGUAAACCAGAUGCAUAUUAGAACAGACGAGAAAAAAAAACAUGCAAACUUCUUGGAGAGUGAAGGAUACCUGCAGAGUAUUCACGCAAGCUUUAACAGCUCCUUGUUGGUUUAUUUUGAGGACACAUCAAACACCAGUUUAACUAUGAUUUUGUACAAAAGCUCAUAUUGUUGUGAUUUUGUAUUGCCUGUUUGCGAACUACAUGGAUGUGUUUAAAUGUGAGACCUUCUCAGAAGGUUGUAUUUGUGGUUGCACUUGAGAACUCUCUAAAUAAGAAAAACCGUUUUUCCAAGCAUGCGAUUAAAGCCCCGUCCACACAGGGAACAAUUUGUUCGUUUCACUCCCGGCUUUGUCUCUGACAGUUGGUCACUAGCGGACAUUCCAGGUUGCCUAGGUUACCCUCUAAUGUACAGUGUUGUGCAAAAGUCUUGGCCCACCCUUCAUUUCUUUAUGUUUUGCUUCCAAAAAGCCAAACUUGAUAGUAAUUUUUAAAACAUUUUCUUGAACAUCAGUUUUGUUGUUGUUUUUUUGUUUUUUUCCCCACUCAUUUUCAGUUGAAGCUAUAAAAAUGCCAAAGAUAUCAAAGUUUGAAGGCAUUUUUGCACCAACAAGGUAAUACCCAAAGUGCUAUUAGCUAAAGAUUUGGCAUAUCUAGAAAAAAGGAAAACUGCAGCAAAGACCUGACACAGGACCUGAGUGAUGCAUCUAUCCCUUCAGUUGAUCCAUCUACUGUUCAUUCAAGAUAAUUCAUUCAAAUCAUCAGUAUAUAGAGAGGAGGUCAGGAGAGAUGAACAACAGUGAGUGUCUGCAGCCAUCUGCAAAACAGUGGAGGCGCUGUCAUGGUUUGGGGAUGCAUUUCAGCAAGUGGUGUUGGAACCAUCAGAAAAGCAUCAGAUUUUUCAGUGAUCCCAAACACACCUCUAAUUCAGUAAAAGCAAACCUGGCUAGAAAAGCACGCAAUGAAACACACUGAAGCAGUGUGGGAUCAUCUUCACAGAGAACAGAAGGUAGCCAACAUCCAAAGAAGAGCAUUGAAUGGCCUUUAAGAAGCCUGCAGAACUUUUCCUGAAGACUACUUAAAGAAAUUACAAGAAAACAAGAAAGUUCAGUUCAAAUAGAAUUGUACAAGCUCCAUACACUGCAUUUCUAUGUUUGCUUGCACAUGUUUCGAUAAAUUAUUGCAAAAUAAAAAGAAACAAUGGGUGGCUUGAGACUUUUCCAAAGUUCUGUAGCUCAUAUCGUUGUCAUGUGUCAAUCAACGGCAUUCCUGCCUUCUCAUUUAUAGGUGCUUCAAUCGCUCACCUGCGAUGGGGCUUUUAGGAGACCCUUAAAAACAAGGCGAAUCUUGUGAAAUGCAUUAUAACUAGAAUUACUCUCUUGCGGUUUUUGCAGAAUAUGAUGUUGUCAUUAUUUUGACGACAUCUAAUAGGAUUUUUUCCUAUUAGACAUUUUUGUAAGUUAUGGCCUAAAGUGUCACGAGGAACAUCAAAGCUUUGAUUAUGAGGAUCAUCCUUGAGUCGAAGCGAGUUUUUGUGCCAAAAAUAUGAAGCAGUUCCUUCAUGAUGUUCACAUGGAAUCAUAAACGCCCACCCAGUGGCAUAAAAAACUUUCACAAAGACUUAAAUUGACAGUAAAGUUUAUUCCCAAGGAGUUUUACCCAAUGUAGCAUCAUCAGCAGUCAUACCUUGUGAAUGUGGGGGCGAUAUGAAACAUAUUUCAUUUUAAUGCUUCUUUUAGAUCACAUUGUGCCAUAAAAAAACACCCCUCUUCGUGAACACAACUAAAGUCGACAGCAUGACAAAGUAAUUGCCUUUCAGUGGGAUCAGACUAUUAAAGAGGGAUUUGAAUCAUCACAUCAGGAGUUCAUUGUGUUGCCUCUUUGCUUUCCGGUCCUUUAAAUUCACCAGUGACACGCUGCAAACCCUUUUAUCUGUGUCCUUGCUCCAUAGCUAAGUGUUCAGACUUGUGGCUUUGCCUUUCAGAAGGAAGAAAUAAAUCAUAUUUAAUGAUGGGCAUUGAUUAUUCAUCCUCUGCCACUUGUAUCAUGCUAAAUUAUAUGUAUUUUUUAGCUUAUUUAUUUGUGUGUUUUGUUUGUGUUUAUUAAUCUGAAUGUGCUCUGUUAAUCCAGCCAGAUAAAGAAUGGAUCGAAGUUAAGACCAGUGUUUUGGAGAACCGUGUAGGAAAAAGGCUGAAAUAGUUUUUUUUAAUGUCACAGGGUUGUAUACCACAUCUGAAGCAAAUUACUGGGAAAAUUGCAGCAGCUAAUUGAGGUUUAUUUAUUUUUUUGUUCAAAGUGAACUUUGGUGUUAUCAACAAAACAGCAUGUUCUGACCUUCCAUCAAUAAAAAAAGAGGACAU